GAAACAAUAAUCUGUUGUAAUUCUUUGAUUUUGUGUGCGUUAAAAAUAUUAAGACAACUCAUUUAUCGAGUAUUUAUUUUCAUUUUAUUAGUUUGUAAAUGUGUGUAUCUUAACAUAGUAAGGAUUUUCAUCACUUAAUAAGUGCGGUUCAGUAAUUGUUUUUAUCUAGAUUAAAUCACAUUUUUAAACACCGGGAUAUUGAAAAAUGGCAGCUCAAAUCAAACCUGGGCCAAGCUCUGGCAACGAUAAAUUUAAUUCAAACCGCAAGCCUGUAUUAUUGGCGAAACUUGAAGGGUGCAGUGACAAUGUAAACAAAGCCAUAAUUAUUCCUGAAACUGACGGAGUCAUUAGUGUUUCAAGUGAUCGAUCUGUUAGAGUAUGGUUAAAAAGAGAUUCAGGUCAAUAUUGGCCAAGUAUAUGUAAUUAUUUGCCAUCACCUGCUGUCGAUUUAUUUUAUCGACCAAUAUCAAGACAAUUAUUUGUUGGACAAGAAAAUGGAACCAUAUCAGAAUUUAUAUUAGAAGAGGAUUUUAAUCGCAUGGAGCCUGUUGGUGACAUUUUAGCUCAUUAUGGUCGUAUAACUGGAAUGAUCUGGACUGAGGUAGCCAUAGAUGGUACUGUGGAACAAUGGAUUCUAAGUACAUCACGUGACAAAAGAUUUCAAUAUCAUAAUGCUAAAAAUGGCAAUCCAAUUGGUCCUCCUUUUGUGUGUGCAGCAUGGUGUACAUCUUUGGAAUAUGAUGCUGAAUCAGCUCAUGCUUUUGUUGGAGAUUACUCAGGAAAUAUUACAAUGCUUAAUAUAAAGGCAGAUGGUUUACAAGUUGUGACUACAUUGACUGGCCAUACUGCAUGUAUUGAAAUGCUCAUUUGGGAUUCAUCAACAAGGCGUUUGUUUUCAGCUGGACACGAUCGUUUGAUUAUAAUUUGGGAUAUAGGUGGAGGUCAUGGCACUGCUUAUGAACUUCAUGGUCAUACUAAUCGAGUAACAUCUUUGGCAUUUGUAUCAUCUAAAAACCAAUUAAUAUCUGCUGGCGAAGAUUCUGUCUUGGUAUUUUGGGAUUUAAACGCAGAAAGAAAAGAGACACCUGCUUGGGCUGAAUCAGAUAACUGUGAAUCUUGUAGCCGACCAUUUUUGUGGAAUAUCUCUGGAAUAUUUGAACGCAAACAAUUUGGUUCAAGGCAACAUCAUUGUAGAGCAUGUGGCCGUGCUCUUUGUGAUAAAUGUAGCCAAGAACAAUCAACAAUACCAUUUAUGGGAUUUGAGCUUCCUGUAAGAGUCUGUAAAUUCUGCAGCAGUAACAUAGAUCAUACACCGCUUGCAACAUUCCAUGAUACUAAGCACAGCGUAAUGUCAAUUACAAUGGAUCUUCAACGAAAAUGUGUCGUGACAGUUGGUCAAGAUAGAGUUAUAAAAAUUUGGGAUGUGUCGUCAUUAUUGUAAACUUAUUCAUAAUUUACAUAUUUAACCAUUGAAUUUUUUAAGGUUCUUUUCUGUACCUAAACUUAAAAAUGAGCCUAUAUCUAUGCAUUUAUCACUAUUAAAAGUAUUUAGUUAAACAUUUAAAAAAAAAAUUAUAUCUAAUGGAUGAAUUUG